CAUCCUACAGGAACUCUCUUCCUUCAGAAAAAAACAAAAUUCCUCUUCCUCCAAAUACAUACAUACACAUAGAGAUUAGAGAGAUACAUACAAAUAGAGAUCAAAAGAUGGGAAGAUCACCAUGCUGCGAGAAAGCUCACAUGAACAAAGGAGCUUGGACUAAAGAAGAAGAUCAGCUUCUCGUUGAUUACAUCCGUAAACACGGUGAAGGUUGCUGGCGAUCUCUCCCUCGCGCCGCCGGAUUACAGAGAUGUGGUAAGAGUUGUAGAUUGAGAUGGAUGAAUUAUCUAAGACCAGAUCUCAAAAGAGGCAAUUUUACUGAAGAAGAAGAUGAACUCAUUAUCAAGCUCCAUAGCUUGCUUGGUAACAAAUGGUCUUUAAUAGCUGGGAGAUUACCAGGAAGAACAGAUAACGAGAUCAAGAACUAUUGGAACACACAUAUCAAGAGGAAGCUUCUUAGCCGUGGGAUUGAUCCAAACACUCACCGUCUGAUCAAUGAAUCGGCAGUAGUGUCUCCGUCGACUCUUCAAAACGAUGUCGUUGAGACUUUGCAUCUUGAUUUCGCCGGAAAGGUUAAACCGGAACCGGUACGGGAAGAGAUUGGUGGUAUUAAUAAUUGUACGAGUAGUGGAACGACGUCGGAGAAGGAUUAUGGGAACGAGGAAGAUUGGGUGCUGAAUUUGGAACUCUCUGUUGGGCCGAGUUAUCGGUACGAGUCGACUCGGAAAGUGAGUGUUGUUGACUCGGCUGAGUCGACUCGACGGUGGGGAUCCGAGUUGUUUGGGACUCAGAGUGAUGCGGUGUGUUUGUGUUGUCGGAUUGGGUUGUUUCAUAAUGAGUCGUGUCGGAAUUGUCGGGUUUCUGAUGUUAGAACUCAUUAGAGAGUCGAGAAUUCUUUAGGAACCUUUUUAUAUAUUUAGAUUGUUAAUUGUGUUUUUUUUUUUUUUCACAUUUGUUAUGUAACGCAUCAAGUAAGAAACUAGGAUAAUUAUU